AUGCAACUCCACUCCAUCUUCCUCACGCUCCUUGCCUUGAAAGGCGUCAAAGCAGCUGUGGACGAGCCUUGCUACGGCGCGAAUGGAGUAGCCGGCGUCUGUCUCUCCUCCUCAGCCUGCUCCGCCUCGGGCGGCACCAGCAUCAGCGGCGCCUGCCCCGCCGACCCCGCCGACGUAAAGUGCUGCAGCAAGCCGUCCUGCGGCUCCAGCCCUGGCAACUGCCGCUGGAGCAGCGACUGCGCCGGCAGCUCGCUGUCGAACCUCUGCCCCGGCCCCGGCGGCUUCAAGUGUUGCCAGUCCAGCGCGCAAGGCUUUGGUGGCUACGCCGCGCCCGCAAUCCCCGCCGUUGGAUCUUGCACGCAGACGGCCGUUGAUGGCGCGAAGAAAAUCGUUGCUGCGUUCCCGGGACGCGUGCGCCAGGUAUAUUGUAUCCGCGACUGUGCGUGCGGAUCUGGCAGUGAUCAUUGCUGCGGGAAGGCGACGGAUAUGAUGUGCUCAGAUGCCGGUGGUACGCCCACCAUCUCCGGCCGCGAGAUCGCAGAGUGGGUCAUGAACAACCGGGGCUCGCUGAACCUCAAGUAUGUCAUCUGGGGCCAGCGCAUCUGGAACCCCUCGCAGGACGGCGUCAAGGCCUGGACGUCGUGGAGGGCGAUGGAGGAUAGGGGUGAUGUGACGCAGAACCACUGGGAUCAUGUGCAUGUUAGUUAUAACUAAGUGGAAG